AUGGAUUUGGAGUCCAAUUCGCAACCCCUUAAGCCACCGCUGACGGAUCAGAAUGUGCAAGAUGCGCAGGAUCUCGCUGCGCUGGGCCAUUCCCAGGCCCUGACGCGAAAAUUCGAUAUGUGGAGUAUGCUGGCGCUCGCCUUUUGUGUACUUGGAACCUACUCGACCUUCGCCCAAGAUCUCAGUAGUGGUCUGACCAACGGUGGUGCUAUCACUAUCCUCUGGGGUCUGGUGCUGGUCACAGCAUGCAACCUCUGUGUUGCGCUCUCGUUGGGUGAGUUGACUAGCAGCAUGCCCACCGCCCUUGGUCAGGCUUACUGGGUAUAUCGACUGUGGAAUACACCAUUGGGUCGAUUCGUCUCGUACAUGUGUGCAUGGAUCAAUACAUUUGGAUGGUGGACCUUGACUGCGUCGCAGGUUGCUUUCAUGACUGAAUUCCUGCUGGGCAUGAAGACUAUGUUUGAUCCCGAGUGGGAUGGAGUCAACAAGGGCUGGCUCAAUUUUGUUGUAUAUAUCGGGGUGGUCUUCGUGCUGACCCUGAUCAACGUUGUCAGUUGCCGUAAAGAGAAGAUACUACCUUGGCUUAACAACUUUGUUGGAGUGUGGUUCUUCGGUCUGUUUAUUGUUCUCUCUCUUGUGCUACUUAUCUCGGUCGGAACCAAGAGUGAACUGUCGUUCCAGCCCGCUUCGUUCGCGUUUGGUGCUUGGAAGAAUGAGACUGGCUGGGGCGACGGUGUGGUUUGGUUCACGGGGUUGGUACAGGCAGCGUACGGGUUGACUGCGUUCGAUUCGGUCAUUCACAUGGUGGAGGAAAUCCCGGCGCCUCGGAAGAAUGCUCCUCGAGUUAUUUGGAUGGCCGUUUUGUUCGGUGCCGUGACUGGAUUCAUUUUCAUGGUGGUCUGUCUGUUCUGCAUCCAGAAUGUGGACCGUGUCGUCAACGCCAACCUCCCCUUCAUGGAGCUUAUGAUCGAGACCGUUGGACUCAAAGGGGCUGCUGUACUGAUUGCACUGUUCAUUUUCAAUGGUUUAGGCCAGGGCAUCAGUGUCCUGACCACUGCCUCCCGUUUGACCUGGGGCUUUGCCCGUGAUGGCGGCGUGCCUUUCAGCGGGUACUUCAGCCACGUCGACCCUGUGUGGCAAGUCCCUGCCCGCGCUCUCUGGGGCCAGAGCAUCGUCAUCGGUAUCGUCGGCAUCCUAUACCUAUUCGCCAACACUGUGCUCGAGGCAAUUCUCAGCGUCAGCACCAUCGCCCUGACUGUCUCCUACGCCAUGCCAAUUCUUGCCUUGCUCAUCACCGGCCGUGAGAAAUUGCCUCCGGGUCCAUUCAAGCUCGGUCGCAUUGGUCCGUGGUUGAACUGGGUCAGCAUCUUCUACUGUAUCAUCACUACCAUUUUCUUCCUGUUCCCUGGAAGCCCCUAA